ACAGUGUAUGAUACACCGGUAUCAUAUUUACCCAACACUGAUUGAACACUCUUUCUUGGGGUAACUUUCUCUGACAUAUGUAUACAUAACGUACAUAGUUCAGCACAAAUCGUGGCAUUACGUUAUAAAAUUUACUAAAGUACAUUCGACCUGAUCGUAUUUUAUCAGUAGUUAUAGGAUAAACAUAAUUGAUUAAACGACGGCUGUUCUUGUCAUUUUGUAUUCAAACGAUGACAUCAGCUUCGAGUACUAGCGCUAGAAGUUUGUUCGUAGAGUCAAAACUACGUCUUGCAGACAAAGUACAAGUUAAUGUCAACAACAUUUCAUCUCUAUCAAGACAAAUACAGCGAGGCUCAAAAAGUAGUGAAAUUUUAAUGAAAUCAGCAAAAAGUUUCGGUGAGCUAGAACAUGGAACAGAAAAUUCCGCAAUCGAUCUCAGAAGAAUCGGACUUAUCAGUUCUCAUUUGGAAUUACAAAUAAACGCUAUAGACAGAAGUUUAGCCAAGCUUGAAGAUGUCACCGAGCAAGUUCGUGCGAUGCAGCGUUAAUGUUGUAUGUGAAAAAAAACUCCGACUAUACCCUGG